ACCUAGGGAGCAACAAGCUGCUUCGAUUAUAUAAACAAGGUUUCCAACUCUCAACUCUCAACUCUCAACUCUCAUGCACCCAAACAGUAUGUGUUCUUUAAUCACUACUCAAGGAGCCUCUUCCUCUUCCUCUUCCUUUUCCACCAACUCAUCGGAAUAUGAUGUCUUCCUCAGUUUCAGGGGUGAAGAUACACGUCAUAACUUUACAGAUCAUCUGUACAACAAUUUGGUUCAGAAGGGAAUUAAGACCUUCAUAGAUGAUGAGCUUAGAAGAGGAGAAGAUAUAUCAUCGGCGCUUCUCAAAGCCAUUGAACAGUCGAGGAGUUCUAUCAUUGUAUUCUCACAAAAUUAUGCAUCAUCGACUUGGUGCUUGGACGAGCUGGUUAAGAUCCUCCAAUGCAAAGAAUCAAAGCAACAAAUGGUUUGGCCAAUUUUUUACAAAGUGGAUCCGUCCGAUGUACGAAACCAAACUGGUUGCUUUGUUGAGGCAUUUUCUUCCCAUGAAUGCAGAUUCAAGAAUAAUAUGGAGAAGGUGUUGAGAUGGAAGAAAGCUCUUAGGGAAGCAGCCAAUUUGUCUGGGUGGACCUUAGCUGACAGGCAUGAAUAUAAAUUUAUUCAUGAUAUUGUUGAAGUGGUUUCACUACAAGUAGUAAAUUGUACAUAUUUGAAUGUGGCGAAAUACCCAGUUGGAAUACAGUCUCGUUUGCAAGAUAUGAAUGAGCUCUUAUGUGUAGGGGACACUGAUAUUCGCAUGAUAGGGGUAUGGGGAACUGGUGGUAUAGGUAAGACCACAAUCGUUAAAGCUGUGUACAAUUCAAUCAUUCAUAAGUUUGAAGGUGGCUGCUUUUUGGAAAGUGUUAGAGAAAGAUCAAUUCCUUAUGGAGGCCUAGUGGAACUACAAAAUUGUCUUCUUUCUACGAUUUUGGGGUGGAAAGAAUUGAAGGUGACCAAUGCUGAUAGUGGGAUUAGUGUGAUAAAGCAAAGGUUGCGCCACAAAAGGAUCCUUUUGAUUCUUGAUGAUGUGAAUCAAUUAAACCAGUUAGACAAAUUGGUUGGAGAGCGUGAUUGGUUUGGCUCGGGCAGUAGAAUUAUCAUAACAACAAGAGAUAAGCAUUUGCUAACUGCUCAUCAUGUUCAUCUAAUCUACAAGGUCAAGGAAUUAGAUCAUCAUGAAGCUUUAGAGCUCUUCAGUUGGAAUGCUUUCGCCGGAAAUAUGCCGGCAGAUGAUUAUGUGGAACUAGCAAGUACUGUAGUACAAUAUGGUCAAGGUCUUCCAUUAGCUUUGAUAAUUUUAGGUUCACAUCUAUGUGGUAGAAGUACAAAUCAAUGGCAAGCAGCAUUGGAUAGUUACAAAAGAGUUCCCAACCAAGAGAUUCAAGGAAUUUUCAAAAUCAGUUAUGAUGAACUAGAUGUUCUGGUGAAAGAAGUUUUCCUAGACAUUGCAUGUUUCUUCAAAGGUAAAGACAAGAGCUAUGUGGUACAAAUACUGGAAGGUUGUGACCUCAACCCUUUUUAUGGUAUUGAAGUACUCGCAGAAAAGGCCCUCCUAAAUAUUGAUAACAAAAAUCAUAUAUGGAUGCAUGACUUGCUGGAAGAAAUGGGUAAAGAUAUAGUUCGCCAAGAAUCACCAAGAGAGCCUGGCGAGCGUAGCAGAUUAUGGUUUGAAGAGGAUGUACAUCAUGUUCUAACUGAAAACACAGGUACAAACAAAAUUAAAGGUAUCAUCGUGAAGUUGGCUGAACCAUAUGAGAUACACUUGAAAGCUGAAAGCUUCUCAAAGAUGAAAAAUCUUCAAAUUUUCAUAAAUUGCAAUGCAUCCUUUACUGGGGAAGUCGAGUAUCUUCCAAACGAGUUGAGGUUCCUUGAUUGGCCAAAAUGUCCAUUGAAAUCCCUGCCAUCUAAUUUUAGUCCAAGGAAACUUAUAAAACUCAACAUGCCUUACAGCUACAUGUCACAACUCGGACAUGGAUUUAAGAACUUGCAAAAUUUGAAAACUAUGAAUUUGGAAGGCUGCAAAUUCCUAACAAAAGUGGUCAACUUUGCGGGACUUCCAAACUUAGAGAACUUGAAUCUAAAGUACUGUACAAGUUUAGUUGAGGUUGAUCCUUCGGUUGGAUUCCUUUAUAAGCUUGUUGACUUGAGUCUUGUGGGAUGCUACAAACUUGCAAUGUUUCCUAGGAGAGCCAGCUGGAAAUCUAUGCAAAAGAUAAAUCUUCAAGAUUGCAGAAGCUUGAAGCAUUUUCCUGAAAUUGUGGGCAAGAUGGAAUUCUUAACUUUCAUGAUUCUAUCCGGCUCUGGUAUCAGAGAAUUGCCAUCAUCAAUUGGAAAUCUCAUUGGCCUUGAAGAUCUGUACUUAGAAAGAUGUGAAAACCUUACAAACUUGCCAUGCAGCAUUUAUGAGUUGCGACAUCUUGAGUUUGUGUCUUUCUCUGAAUGCCCAAAACUUGUUAACUUCCCAAUUAAAGUGACUCCAGAGGUUUCUUGGAGUGCAGAAUCGUUUCUUCCGGCGCUUCCCAAGCUAAUGCUAAUUGAAUUGGGAGGAUGUAGUUUAGCAGAAAGUGAAUUCCUUGUCAGUCUUGGUUGUGUGUCCACAUUAUUACAACUUGAUUUGUCAAGAAACAGUUUUGUUAGUCUUCCUGCAUGUUUAAGCAAAUUUGUCAACUUGCGAGAGCUUAACUUGAGUGGUUGCGACAGGCUUCGAGAAAUUCCAGAACUUCCACCAAGGGUGGAGUUGGUCAAUGCUAGGGGCUGUGUAUCACUAGAAAGAUUUUCAAAGUUAUCAAACAUUUUGGAACACAAGGAGUCACAGACGAUUUGUCGAAUGGACUUGUCCAACUGUCAUAGACUGUAUAGCACUCUGGCUCAUGAUGUGGCAAAGAAGAAAAAUAUCAUACAAAAUCCGGUGGAGUCUUUUUGCUCUCUUUUUCUCACUCAUCAUCGGUUUAGAUUCAGAGUUGUGUUUUCAGGAAGUGAAGUUCCAAAAUGUUUCCACGAUAGAAAAGAUUUGAAGGAUAUCGAAUUCCCAUAUCAAUAUUCCUCCCCCUUUGGGGAGGAAUAUCCAACAUACAUUGCUUCUGGGAUGCAUAAGUUUCUUAUCAAAAUCUCUCAAAAUCUCGACUGGUUUAACUCAGGAUUGGCUGUCUGUGGUGCUGUCGAAUAUACAGAGAAUAUAUCUGGUACUCGUCAUUUGACAGUCGAAAUUCGUAUCAGUGACUUUGAGGAUACGGUAAGUCUUUAUUCAACAGAGAUAGAGUCAGAUGAAAUGUGGUUGCAAUACAUCCCCUUCUCUACAUUCAUUGAUCGAUAUUCUUGGUCACAUUUAUGGGGUCAUCACGAGUUUGCUGCGCCUGUGAACUGUCGAGUUAGUGUUGACUAUAGUAGCACAAGUUCUAUGCGUUUCAAAAGCUUUGGGGUCCAUCUAGUAACACCACAUGAUGAAGACACGACCUCUGUACAGGAAGUCCUUGAAGAUAUUGGUACAUCUGCAGCAAAUCCUCGAAAGAGGAAGACCUGCUAAUGGCAUUCAUUUCCGAGAAUAAUCAUUUCUCAGCUAUCAUUGGGAUGUUAACGAUUGUGCAUCCAGUAAAAGAGACGAUAUAAUUCGUGGAGUCCAUUAAUCAGAGCAUAGAAACGAAGAUUAAAGGAAGCAUGCUGUGAACAAUUUGAUUUUGGUAUGGCUUGCUUGCUAAUUGUACAUACAUGUACAUUUGCAAGCAUAAUUAGCUAUAAUGGGCCACGCUCAUUGUACCGCCAAAGGUACUAAUUCCAACCAAAGGAAUGACAUGCAGACACACCGCCAGGCGGGCUACAACCUCAGCAUCGGAGCACCUCCAGAUCGCCGCCGACGCGCCGCCACGCACCGCGCCAAGAUAACAUCAGAAGCUUCUGAAACUGGGAACUGAAGCACAUCAGUCCCACAUCGAAAACAAGGAAGAGGUCAGCCUCCUCCUCACCUAUAAAAGGUAGCGGAAACUUUAAGUAUAUCACAAGUAUCGAUCCGCCCACCGGAUCAGCGUUAACAAAGUUCGGUUUUGGGUCGACUUUAGAAGACAUCUUUCAAGCUAUGGAGCUAGUCCCCAGUAUUUGAGUUGUUCAUGUCAAAAGAGAAGCUAAUAAGGCUGCUAAUUUGAUGGCAUCUUAUGCAAAUACUAUUGGGUACGGUGCUCCAAAAGAACCUACAAGCACAAGUGUGUUUACAAUGUCAUGCGGUUUCUGAGGGACCUAAUUAAAAGAUCAAUGUGUUCUAACCAAGCGGGGAGGGAAAAAAUAGACCAGUUACAUGCAAGGAAAAAUUGAUGAAAUACAUGAAGAGUGGGCGGCAUUUGUCUCAGAUAAUUACCUAUAGAUCUUGGCAACAAUGUAAACAUUAGACUUGUAGCUCUAGCUAGCUAGUUAGUUGUGCUUGUUUUGUAUGAAAUGGUUACAAGUACUUUUAUUGUAUCACUAUAGGCUAUAGCUACAAGUUUUGUUUUAUCCUGCACGGUAGACAUGCUGGCAUAUGUGGAUUUUGCUUUCAUCGUAGAACUUUCGAGGUAAUCAGCUUUUGUCGGGGGAUUGAUGUUCAAUGUUCUGCUAUAGUCUAUAGAGGUUUGGUUAUGACUUUUGUUGUUGUUGUUGUUGUUGUUGUUGUGUGUGUGUGUGAAAGAGAGAGAGAUUUGUAAGCAGUUUACAUCCUUCUAUUUGUAUCCCUUCACUAAAAACCGAAUAAUUGGUAAUCCAAUUCUUACCAAUUUGCUUUUA